AUGGCUUCCACAAUCUCUCCACCUAUUCUCCAAGCUCUCUCUCUUCACCGUGCGCGCAAUGCGCACCCCCCAUCUUGCAAGGCGCACGGUCCGAAAUCUCUACCGGCAUCUGUCGCCAGCAGGAGGCAGUUGCUCUUCCUUCUAACGGCAGCACCGGUAUUGACGGUCAGAGAAUUGGCGUCGCUUGCGGAGGAUAUUCCACUGUUCGGACUAAAGAAGAAGCUGAAGAAAGCGGAGGAGAAGGCAGAGGAGCUUGUGAAGGAAGGAUUCGAGGCAGCAGAGAAGGGACUUGAAACGGCGGAGAAAGGAAUAGCAACAGUAGAGAGAGAGAUUGAAACGGCGGAAAAAGGGAUCAAAACGGCUGAGAGAGAAAUAGAAGAGGCAGUGAGCUUCGGAGGGCUGGCACAAGCCGGCGCGGUGGCGGGAGCGGAAGUUGUGGGCGUUUUAGUGGCUACUUCCAUAGUAAAUGGGAUUUUGGGGCCUGAAGCUGAAGGUCAAAAAUCAUGA